AUGCAAACUCAGCAGCAACGAGUGGACGAAGAGGAGAUGGCGGUGCGCCUCGCUGAGCGACUGCGUGAGCGGACUUCGAUUGCGCGCGCACGCCAGCAGCGCCUGCGCGAUGUCCCACCAGGCAACCUUGUCUCUCCCUUUUGCGACCCCAAGGUGGAGAAGCAACAGGCACAGCUGCACUCGGAGUUGACUGGGUUUUUGCUGGAGUUGCGCCGGGAAAACCUCGCUUCUGUGCAGCUGCGCCAUCAGCUGCAGUACAGUCGCGCCUUGCACGCGCGCCUGCAGACCCUGAGCUCUUUUUCUGAUUCGUCCUUCGUGGACUAA